AUGGAUUUUGCUGAAGAGGAUUCUAACAAGCAAGUAUCUGAGAAGCAAGUAUCUGACAGUGUCUCCCUAGAGAGCAUUAAAAAGGAAAAUACCACAAGGUCAGAAGUUUCUUUGGCUGAUGGUGAAGCUUCUUCGUUGAAGGACGCUGGUGUCAAUAACAUUAAAGUUUAUUCCGAACAAUACAAGCAACCAGUCUAUAGAGCAAUGUUAUUCUUCUCGUUGUUCUUAAUCGCUUACGCUUACGGUCUAGACGGUAACAUUCGAUACACUUUCCAAGCGUAUGCAACUUCUUCUUACGCACAACAUUCUCUUUUGUCAACUGUCAACUGUAUCAAAGCUGUCAUUGCUGCUGCAGGUCAAGUUUGGUUUGCUAGAGCAUCUGAUAUUUGGGGUCGUGUUCCAUUAUUGUUUGUUGCUGUCAUGUUCUAUGUUGUAGGUACUAUUAUUGAAUCACAAGCCACUACAGUAUCUAAAUUUGCUGCUGGUGCAUCUUUGUAUCAACUUGGUACUACAGGUGUUAUAUUGAUCAUUGAAUUAAUUGCUGCAGAUUUCUCUAAUUUGAACUACAGAUUAUUAGCAUCCUUCAUACCAGCUACACCAUUCAUUAUCAAUACAUGGAUUAGUGGUAACGUUACAGCUGCGGUAGGUACUCGUUGGAAAUGGGGUAUUGGUAUGUGGGCAUUUAUCUUGCCAUUGAGUUGUAUUCCAUUGGUCUUAUGUCAUUUCCAUAUGAGAUAUUUGGCUAAGAAGAAUGCCAGUGACAGAUUAAUGAAAGAAGAAAUCAAGGUUCCAAAAUCUCUUCGUGAAUUCUGGGAUUACGUUGUCAUUGAAUUGUUCCUAUGGAAAUUGGAUUUCGUUGGUCUAUUAUUAGUCGCUAUUACAUUCGGUUUGAUCUUGAUUCCAUUCACUUUAGCUGGUGGUAUCAACACUGAAUGGAAGACUGCUCAUAUUAUUGUUCCUGAAGUGCUAGGGUGGGUUGUUUCUCUACCGCUGUAUAUCGUUUGGGAAGUUAAAUUUGCUAAAUAUCCAAUUACGCCAUAUUCUUUGAUCAAGGACAGAGGUAUUUACUCUGCUUUAAUUAUAGGUUUCUUAAUCGAUUUUAUCUGGUACAUGCAAGGUGACUACAUGUAUACAGUUUUAAUUGUUGCUGUCCAUGAAUCUGUUAAGGCAGCCACAAGAAUCACUUCAUUGUAUUCAUUUGUCUCCGUCAUUACCGGUACCAUUUUAGGUUUCUUCAUUAUCAAAUUCAAGAGAACUAAACCAUUCAUCUUAUUCGGUUGUUGCUGUUGGUUUGUUGCCUUCGGUCUAUUGGUCCAAUUCAGAGGUAACUCAGGUGCUCACUCCGGUAUCAUUGGUUCUCUAUGUCUAUUAGGUUUCGGUGCUGGUUUCUUCACAUAUACCACUCAAGCUUCCAUCCAAGCUUCGGCCAAGACUCAUCAAAAAUUGGCCGUCAUCACUGCAUUGUACUUGGCUUCAUAUAACGUUGGUGCUGCUGUUGGUGGUAGUGUCUCCGGUGCCAUUUGGACUCAAGUUCUACCAAAACAAAUCGAAAGAGGUAUCUCAAACGCUACAUUGGCUGCUGAAGCUUACAGUUCUCCAUUCACCUUCAUCACUGUUUAUACUUGGGGGACCCCCGAAAGAGAGGUUCUUGUCAAAUCAUACAGACACGUUCAAAAGAUCCUAUGUAUUGUAGGUCUAGUGUUCUGUAUACCUUUGGUUGGUGCUGCAUUACUUCUAAGAGAUUACAAAUUAACCGACACCGUUGCAUUAUCUGAUGUCGAGAGUGAAAUUCAAUCUGAUGAUGGAAAUGACGUCACACAUAUUGAAGAGAAGAGAUAUGGAUACCUAGAUAAGGUCUUCCAUCGUAAGACAGAUGAAGAAACCAAGUGA